AAAUUGUCUAUUGAGUAUUAUCUAUUUUGAAGGAAAAUUUAUCUAUUGGGUAUUAUUCAUUUUUGAGAAGUUGUCUAUUGCUAACCUAAAAUGGCAACAGCAACAGAAUUAACAGUAGAUGCAAGAUGUGAGAUACAAGGAAAGAUGGGAACAAUUCGGUUUGUUGGACCUACUGAAUUUGCUACAGGAAAAUGGGUUGGUGUGGAGCUGGAUGAAGCCUCGGGUAAAAACAACGGCUCGGUUAAGGGCAAACAUUAUUUUGAUUGUAAGCCAAAUCACGGAGUUUUUGUUAGAGCUUCACAGAUAAAAUUUUUAAAUAGUGCUGUUAAUUCACCACAAAGUCAAGUUCCGAGCUUUGCUCCACCAAAUGACCCAAAUAUUAGUAAUGGACGCUCAAUUCUUCGUCCGCCCUCAAUUGUAGGGAAUAUGCGAAUAAACACUUCAGGUAUACCAAACCAUAAUCGAAAAGGACCAAAUUCACCAACAAUGGGAAGAUUUAGUUCUCGUGGAUUAAAUAGUCCUACGUUUUCUAGAAACUCUGAUGCAAGUGGCAUUGAUAUUAAGAGAAACGAUACUGAGUUAGGAUUUUCAUCUACUGAGAUAGAAGAUGAAGUUGAAAUGAAUGAUGAAAUUUAUGAAGAACCUUUAGAACAUGAUAUAUUGAAUGAGUCAACUACUCCUGCACAAAAAUCAGAAAUACAAAAGUAUGAAACUCCUAGAAGUGAUAUAACGAGACAUGACAUGAUUUCUACGGCAAAUCCUUUUUCUUUACAGGAAACAUCAGCUGCCCGUGAACAAACCGUACCUCUAAAAGAAUAUGAAGAGUUAAGAUUAAAACUUAAGAUAUUAGAAAAUAAACGCCAAGAAGAUAGGGAAAAAAUUAGGGAAACUGAAAAGUCGAGAGUUGAAGCGGAGCAAUUUUUAAGUAUAAAACCAAAGCUUCAAGCCAAAAUGGGCGAUAUGCAGCAGGAAUUAAAAGAACUUCGAAAACAAUUGAAAGAGGUUAAUAUGGAGAAAGAAAUGUUUGAAAGCAAAUACAAUGAAGCUGUUGAAUCUAUGGAAAUGAUGACUCUCGAUAAAGAAAUGGCCGAAGAAAAGGCCGAAAAUUUACAACAUGAAGUAAAUUUAUUGAAAGAAAAAGUAGAGGAAAUUAGCGUAGAUCUAAACGUUUUUAAACAAGAAGGCGACAUGAUAAAUGGUGAGGCAAGGCCCGCAGUAGAAAUUAUUCAAUUAGAAAAGCAUAAUGAACGGCUAAAGGAGGCUCUUGUGAGACUUCGAGAUGUAUCGAGUGAACAAGAAGCUGAGCUUGCCAAAAAAAUCAAGAAUUUAGAAAAAGAACUAGUUUCUCUUCAAGAUAUCCAAGUUCAACAUGAUCAAAUGAAAAAUCAAUUAAAAUUAUCCGAAAGUGCAAUAGAAGAUUUAAAGAAUCGACUUGACGAUGCUAUGAAUGCUGAAGAUAUGCUUGAGCAACUUACGGAAAAAAAUUUAGCGCAAGGGGAGACUUGAAGAGAUGAGAAUUGCAAUUGAAGAUCUUGAAGCUUUAAAAGAGUUAAAUGACGAGCUUGAAGAAAAUCAUAUUGAGAACGAGAAACAGCUUCAAGCUGAAAUCGGUAAAUGAUU